UGUCUGUCUCUCUGCUCUCUGAUUGGUUGAUCCCGGUUCAGCGCUCCAGAUGUAAACUCCUCCUCUCCCUCCAGAUCUCCGCGCGCUCGUCCCAGCGCUGCAGUCCGGUGGAAGCUCGCGCCCACAUUGUUGUUUGCGCCGCACGUGCGUACCGGAGGAUGUAAUAUUUCAUUCAAGGACAAAAGACGCGCUCGGGGAAAUUCUCGGAUCUGCCGCUUGGCUUUUUUUGGAGGUUUUGUUGUUUUCUUUUGUUUUUUCCUGUUAUUGGAUGAUACAGUUAUGGCUUGGAGCUCGCGCUCGGGUCUGUCGCUGCUGCUGCUGCUUCUUAUCGCGUUGUGCGGCGGUGCAGGAGUAGCGCGCGCGUUCGGUGCCGCCGGCGCAGCGACGGAGGAGGAGGACGAGCCGGAGAGCGCGUGCGAACCGAUCCGCAUGUCCAUGUGCCGCGAUCUGGGUUACAACGUCACGCGCAUGCCGAACCUGGUCGGUAACGUACUUCAGGCGGACGCCGAGCUGCAGCUUUCCACGUUCACACCGCUCAUCCAGUACGGCUGCGCCAAACAGCUGCGGUUCUUCCUGUGCUCAGUCUACGCCCCAAUGUGUACUGAGAAGGUCCCGGAGCUGAUCGGUCCGUGUGGCAGCAUGUGUCUCUCGGUACAGAGAAAGUGUUUGCCAGUUCUACAGGAAUUCGGCUUCACGUGGCCUGACCUGCUAAACUGCAGCCUGUUCCCACCCUCAAAUGAUCACACCCACAUGUGCAUGGAGGGUCCGGGCGAGGAGGACGAGGACGACGUACGUUUUCCAUCUGUGCGCACGUUGCGCCCACGCCACGGCCUCGACGCUGAGUGCCUCCCACUUGACCAUGACCCAGGCGACGACCCCAGUCCACCAGACCGCUAUGUGUGGUCAAAGCGCAGCGGUUCCUGCGUCCUGCAGUGUGGCUAUGACUCUGGAUUAUACAGCCGCUCUGCAAAGACUUUUGCGGAUGCCUGGAUAGCACUGUGGGCAGGGCUUUGCUUUGUCUCCACCUCCUUCACCGUGCUGACCUUCCUGCUCGACUCGGGACGGUUCUCGUACCCGGAGCGUCCGAUCGCCUUUUUGAGCGUGUGCUACAACGCGUACAGCGCCGCCUUUCUGGUGUUGUUAGCAGCUGGACGCGAGCGUGUUUCAUGCGAUGUUGAUGAGGCUACCGUCCCCAUGCUAGCAAGGGAUGGCUUGAAGAACUCUGGCUGUGCAGUGGUCUUUUUGUUAGCUUACUUUUUCGGAAUGGCAAGCUCUGUGUGGUGGGUAAUCCUCACGCUUACGUGGUUCCUAGCAGCAGGACUUAAGUGGGGACAUGAGGCAAUCGAGAUGCACAGCUCCUACUUUCAUGUGGCAGCGUGGGCAAUCCCAGCGAUCAAAACCAUUGUGGUGCUCGUCAUGCGCCUGGUCGACGCGGACGACCUUACCGGCCUGUGCUAUGUCGGCAACCAGAACCUAGAGGCACUCACAGGUUUUGUGGUGGCACCGUUGUUUACAUAUUUGGCUGUUGGGACUUUGUUCAUUGCCGCCGGUCUCGUCUCGCUGUUUAAGAUCCGGUCCAACUUGCAGAAAGAUGGUGCCAAAACAGACAAGCUGGAACGACUCAUGGUGAAGAUCGGCGUCUUCUCUGUGCUCUACACUGUCCCGGCCUCUUGCGUCGUGGCGUGUUACUUCUAUCGUGUCUCAAAUUGGUCUGACUUUCAGCGAGCACCGAGUGACUCGUACGCCGCUGCCGAGAUGCUCAGGAUCUUCAUGUCCUUGCUGGUGGGCGUAACUUGUGGCAUGUGGGUGUGGUCUGCCAAGACACUGCAGACCUGGAAACGCCGCUGGAUACGCCUCCUCUGCCCACAGAGCAGCACACGACGAACCCACACUAACAAAAACGUCAGUGGUAAAGGGAACGAGACUGUGGUGUGAGGCAGGGAGAAUCCGUCUGGCAUGGACAGAGCAACAUCUGGUGGACACUUGCUGCCACUGUAUCACUUAUGCAUCAUUGUUCUGUCUGGACAAAUGUCAUCAGGUUGUUGUUUUUUUCUACACUGGAAAACAGUGGAAAACAUGCAAUAGGAAGUUGUGUCAUGACAGGAAGCGGUGUACUUGCAGGAAAUAGCAGGGCUGCUUUUCCACAUUUGGGAACAGGACAAUGAGCCGAAUGAAGUGCCUUAUUUCUCAGACCUCUCAAAUUGUGGUAGCUUUCACCUACAAUGCAGCAGACACCUGGGAAAUAGGAAGUUUUUUUUCUCUCCUCAGUAAACAUAACCAUUUACCUCGCAUACAGACCACGCCCAUCUAUUCUCUGCAUUUGGAUACUAAUACCAUGGCUUUUGCCGUAUGCAGACGGGCACCCUGAGGACAACAUGUACAGUUAUUAGCACUAUGUAGCACCGGGAAACAGAUGCGUCUCGAGUGAUGUAGUAGUGCCUUUGCUUCACUACAGCUUACUGGAGUGUAAAUGUCUCCUCAUCACCACACUCAGUUCACUACAGAGUUCACAUAAACACCUUACUAUAAAUGCACUAUUGACUUAAACAUCAGUCUGGGGUUACAGAAGUAUUCAGUGCAUUAUGGAAGGUUUUUUUUAUGUGCAUUUGUUUUUCCUCCAUUAUAGGCCCUUUCCUUUAUAUUAGCAACAGAUUCACAUUUUGAUGUGUCAAACUUUAAGUUUAAAACUGUAAAGGGUCUUAGGAAGUGCAAGGAACUAGGGAACGGGUAGCUGAGUGUUUAAGAUGCUGGAAUUCCGAUUGAAAAGUCAUGAGUUUAAAGCACCAUCAAGCUGCCAUAGCUGGGCCCUUAAGCAACCCUCAACAGCUCAGUUGUAAAAGUAGAUAAUAUUAAUAAUAAUAAGUCACCCUGGAUAAGGGCGUCUGCCAAAUGCUAUAAAUUUAAAUGGGUUUUAUUUGUUAGCUGUUUGUUGAACGAUUAAGACGGUGGAGUUCUGAUUGUAGUAAGUUCAAAGCCCAGCAACACUAAACAGCCAUUGUUGGGAUCUUGAGUAAGCUCCUUAACCCUCAACUGCUCAGUUGUAUAAAUGAGUAAUUCAGAAUAAGUCGUACAGCCAAACACUGCUUUAUACUCAUUCUUUUUAAAUGUAGUGACCUAAAAAAUAACAACAGUGAAAAUAGAAGAGUUCUAUAAAAAUCCUGCCGUGUUUUCGCCGACUAUUGUUCCUACUUCUGUGAAGUUUAUUAAAUGUAAAACGGCAACUUUUACUAAGCAAUAUACCACAAAACCUUCAAUGACGAAACCCACCAGAUUCUGCCUUUUUUAGUCAUUCUAAUACAGUAUUAUUUUACAAAACUUACUCCGACUGUAUAACAGGAAAUUAAAGUGGGUUGUGGGGCACCAGGAAACGAUACUUAUAAUAUGUAAUGGUCUGUCUGCAUGUUGAUGUACUGCAACUCUGUUUCCUGUGUGGUUCCUCAUUUUCUUUGAUGCACCUUCACCACAGUUAGAUUAAUCUACUCUGAACCCUUAGAAAGGGAAACUGGUGCACUUUUCAUACUUCUGUUUUUUUAUAUAUUUUUGCUGCUGGAACUAGCCAUCACAGGAACUAGCCAUCGCAGGUCAUCUUUAAAUAAACACAAUGAAGUGAAAGAACUCUAAAUGAAAUCAGACAAAAUGUAAUAAUUGUAGUGGAAUCGACGGCAUUAGAACGCAAUCUGACUCCGAAGGCAAACUUAAGUGUGUGUGUAGGUUAUCGUUCCUCCUGAUCAAUUGCGUAUAUGUUUUUGGUCGAAUGCUAGGCAUGACAAGCAUUUGACUGUAAUCUGUGUCAAAUCUAGACAAUAGAAACACUGAUUUGUUCUCACAUUAGCCCGGAAUUGAUUUCAGAUACAGUUUGCCAACAUUAACAAACGAAACCCUACAGUACUUGUGUAGAAAACGUUACUUUUUCCCUAUCUGGGUAAUGGAAAUCGCAUUACAGUAGAGCUGUGGCCAAAUUCUUCCAUGAAGAAUUGAUAUAUUUCAUACAGCUUCUACAAACAGCCUAAUGUGAGACAAAAUCAUGUUAAUUACAUCUUUGAUAGACUAGAUAAAGGCAUUAAUCAUGAAACAAAAAAACAGCACUAACUAAAGCCAUCUAAAUAGCUAAAAGACAACCGAAGAGUUCGCUAGCUAACAUAACUAGCAAGAGAUAAUCAAUGAUAAAUCUCCAGAAAACACCUAAUUUCCUUUUACAAGUUUUAGGGAUUUGAUUGUUGGUUGUUAUUCAAUGAUUCUGACAACAUUGUGUUGCCUUAUAAAGUUACAAAUGUUGAUUGAAACACAAUUGUUAGCACAGAUUUAGGACAAAUACACAAUAAACUAGUUUUCAUAUCACCUCAGGGCAGCUAGAACAUGACCAUCUCCUUCAGCCUCCCUAAUUAAAUGGUGUAUUAGCAUAGGUUAAGACACUGUCCUCCAUGUGCUUCUAAACAUGACGAGAUAACGACAAUAAAUAGUGCACUAUGUAAUGAAAUGGGUGUGGACAUUUCCAAACCUUCCUGGUCUUAAACACUUGGCGUGAACUAUUUAAAAUUAUAUAACGAACGUCCUCUUGGACAAGCACACAACAAUACACACACACACACACACACACACACACACACACACACACACACAAUGUAAACUGCAAGACAAUCGCUGAAGUGAAUGUAUGUUACAAAGUGCCUCAGACACAUACACACAAUUUUGUGUUGGGCUUUUUUGUAGCUUUGUUGUGUUUUAAUAUUGUAAUAUGCUAAUUUAUCUUUGUAAAAAAACAUCAGUGAAAUGCAAAACAGGUUUGUUAUUUAAACGAUAUUGUAUGGGGCGAAGAUGAAAUAAAACUCUGGGUUUCUGACA